AUGCCAGUUGGUCAUCCUAGAUGCCAUGCUUUCACUCUUCUCAGGUAUCUCUGCACUUCGUCACAGAUCUUACCCCCUACCAUAUAUGCUCUAUCUACAGCACCUGGUAGAUCUGCCAUAGCUAUAAUCAGAAUUUCUGGCCCGGCUUCCACCUACAUUUAUCAAAAGCUGACGGGGCUCAAGACAUUUCUAAAGCCAAGGCUGGCAACUGUUAGAAAGCUUUACAAUCCUUUACUUUUAGAUAAAGGCAAGAGAAGCUUUUUGGAUGAGGCUCUCUGCCUUUAUUUCCAUGCUCCUAAUUCUUACACAGGUGAAGACUGUUUAGAAUUACAGGUGCACGGAGGUAAAGCCGUCAUUGGCUCAGUCAUUAAGGCAAUCUCUCUUCUACAUUCGGUAAAUAUGCCUAUUCGUUAUGCUCAAAGAGGAGAGUUUUCCAAGAGAGGCUUUCAGAAUGGACGCUUUGAUCUUACUGAGGCUGAAGGUAUCAACGAGUUGAUCAAUGCUCAGACUGAAGUGCAAAGGGUUUCUGCUUUAAGUUCUAUGAAGGGUGAAGUCCGGGAAUUAUUUCACCAUUGGAGGAAGCAGAUUGUAAAUAAUGUUGCAUUAUUGACUACCAUCAUCGAUUUUGGUGAAGAUCAUGAUAUUGACCAGGUUAACAAUCUAUUCGAUAAAGUAGACCAGAACAUCUCGAAUUUGCAAUCCGAAGUGUCCAAUUAUCUAGAAAGGACUCGGAAGUCACAAAUUCUUAUGGAUGGAAUUAAAAUGACUUUACUUGGACCUCCUAAUGCUGGCAAGUCUUCUUUACUUAAUAUUCUAGCGGAUGACGAUAAGGCCAUAGUUAGUAGUAUAGCAGGAACUACUAGAGACGCCAUUGAAAUUCCCCUUGCGAUACACGGAUAUAAAGUGGUUGUCGGAGAUACUGCUGGAAUUCGUCAUGCUACUAACGAGAUUGAAAGAGAAGGCAUUAAACGGGCCAAGACGAGGUCUCGGAAUGCCGAUUUAAAUUUAAUCAUUAUUCCGGCUGAUCUAUCUGGAGAUAUAGACCAAGUUCUUCUUGAUCAUAUCGUCGAUAUUAGUGAUAAAGAACUCUUGAUUAUAGUGAACAAAUCCGAUUUGCUGACAUCGGAAACGGAUAGAGUUAGCUUACUGAGCAGGAUAAGCACCAAGUUUGACAUCCCUCCUGAUCGGUUUAAAUUCAUUAGUUGUAUUACACACGAUGGAAUAAAAGAGCUUACACAACAACUUGAAUCAAAAUUUAGACAGAUUACUUGGACGGAUCGUGGUGAAGAUCCAGUUGUGAUAUCCAAAAGAGCCCAGGAUAUCCUUUCCAACGAUGUUCUUCACGGCUUUAUAGACUUUCACCAGUUCAAAGACGGGGAUGACAUUGUAUUGGCCAUGGAAAGUUUGAAAUUUAGUAUGGAAGGUAUAGGAAAGAUCACUGGUGAGGCUAUUGGGGUCGAGGAGAUCCUUAGUGUUGUAUUUUCUCAGUUCUGUAUAGGCUGGGCCGCUUUUGGAAUAGGUGCUAGAGCACUACAGAUGGGUAUUAGACAAGCCCCACUUACAUACUAUCCGAUGGCAUACGUCUAUUCUGCCGGAUUCUGGGUUGGCUUUGGCUAUAUGUUCGAUUCCUGGGUUGACAAGAACAACAACCUUCUAGAAAUGAGGAUGGACAAGUUACACAAGUCCAGAGAGGCUGCAGAGGCUAAAUAA